AUGUGCUCCUACACCUUCCUCUACUACUACUGCGGCUGCGGCUGGUACAUCAUCAACGACACCAUCGAAUUCUGCGCCAAUCGCUCGCUUAGCGGCUACUCGGUUGACGUGUGGGGUGAGGAUAUGUGUAGUAGGAAGGCUGUGACUUGUGAGGGUUUGAGUAGAUUUUAUUGCUCGGAGUGUAGUGAGGAUCAUACUUUGGAAUAUGAAUUGGAGGAGUAG